GUGGAUGCCGGUGUCAUUGACUUCCAGGCAUGAGGUGGUUCCUGCCCUGGACGCUGGCGGCGGUGACAGCAGCGGUGGGCAGCGUCCUGGCCAYGGCCCUCGCCCGGGCCCCCACAGCCAUGACCUUCACCCCRGCACCGCUGGAAGACACAACGGCAAGCCCUCAAUUCUGCAAGUGGCCGUGUGAGUGCCCGCCAUCCCCACCCCGCUGCCCACUGGGGGUCAGUCUGAUCACAGACGGCUGUGAGUGCUGCAAGAUAUGUGCCCAACAGCUUGGGGACAACUGCACAGAGGCUGCUGUCUGCGACCCCCACCGGGGCCUCUACUGCGACUACAGUGGGGACCGCCCGAGGUACGCAAUAGGAGUGUGUGCACAGGUGGUCGGCGUGGGCUGCGUGCUGGACGGGGUGCGCUACCUCAACGGGGAGUCCUUCCAGCCCAACUGCAAGUACAACUGCACUUGCAUCGACGGCGCGGUGGGCUGCACGCCCCUCUGCCUCAGCACUCGGCCCCCGCGCCUCUGGUGCCGCCGCCCGCGGCGGGUGAACUUGCAGGACCAGUGCUGCGAGCAGUGGGUGUGCGAGGACGACGCCAGGAGGCCACGCAAGACCACGCUGCGGGACACCAGCGCCUCCGAGGCUGCAGGUGAAGUGGAGCCCUGGCAUGGGAACUGCAUAGCCUACACAAGCCCCUGGAGCCCCUGCUCCACCACCUGUGGCCUGGGGGUGUCCACGCGGAUCUCCAACAUCAACCCCCGGUGCUGGCCCGAGCAGGAGAGUCGCCUCUGCAACCUGCGGCCGUGUGACGUGGACAUCCGUCUGCACAUCAAGGCAGGGAAGAAGUGUCUGGCCGUGUACCAGCCAGAGACGCCCAUGAACUUCACCCUCGCAGGCUGCGUCAGCACACACUCCUACCGACCCAAGUACUGUGGGGUCUGCAUGGACAACAGGUGCUGCAUCCCCUACAAGUCCAAGACCAUUGAUGUCUCUUUCCAGUGUCCAGAGGGGCCUGGCUUCUCCCGCCAGGUCCUGUGGAUCAACGCCUGCUUCUGCAACCUCAGCUGCAGGAAUCCUAAUGAUAUCUUUGCUGACUUGGAAUCCUACCCUGACUUCUCAGAAAUCGCCAAUUAGG